CUCCGCGAUUGGAUCAGAAGUGGGGCGGGCUCGUAUCUGUGCUUCGAAGAUGCAGUCGGAGCACAAUGAUCUCUCAACCGUUCUGACAGCUGUUGCUCCGAUCUCUGGAAAUUAGAAAAUCAUUGAAAUUUUGGAAGCAAAACGGAACAGCUACUUUUCGACGACCCCAAAUAUGCAUUUCGUUGAAUAAUCUUUAUCUGUCUUCUUCUGCUCCAACUGCUCUUCUUCCACGAGGUUAUUUCAAUCGCUUUGUUUUAUCGAGCAAACCACUCAUUUUUUCGACUCCAAUCAUGGUUGAUGCAUUGUCCGGCAAAGUUUUCCUCAUUAUAACUGGAGCGAGUCGGGGCAUCGGCGCUGAGAUUGCACAACAAUUCUCUCGUUUAUUGGCCGAAGGUUCUCACAUCCUACUGAUGGCACGAGAUCUCGAAAAACUCCGGAAAAAUGCUGAAAAAAUGCCGAAAUCCGUAACGUGUCAUUGUGAAAACGUCGAUCUUUCGGUUGCCACUAAAGACGAAUUGAAAGCAAUUAUUUUAAAAGCUCUGGGAGAUAAAGGUGUGCAACAAUAUGAUAGAGCAGUAAUCGUGCACAACGCCGCAACGAUUGGUGAUCUUUCUAAAAGUACGAAGGACAUGGACGAUCUCGAGGAAUGGCGACGAUACUGUGAUCUCAAUUUAUUCUCUCCCAUAAUCUUGAACAGUGUAUUCAUGAACAUAUUUACGGAUGUAAGCAAAGUUUCAAGACUGGUGAUAAACGUUACGUCACUUUGCGCUAUCGAGCCUAUGAAGUCAUCCGGUUUCUACAACACUGGAAAAGCAGCCAGAGAAAUGUUCUUCAAGACGUUCGCUGCAGAAUUCCCUACGGUCAACGUUCUCAACUGGUCGCCUGGUCCAGUCGACACCGAUAUGUUUGACACUCUGACAAAAGAAUCUAGCGAUCCUCAAUUACGUGCCAAGUUCAACGAUCUACGAGAUAACCACGACAUAUUGACGCCCGAGCAAUCGACCAAUCGGUUGAUUAUGGUUUUGAAGCAUCAGAGUUACAAGUCUGGUGACCACGUCGAUUAUUACGAUCAAUUGUAAUGUACCUUUUUAUGAUUUUUUGUACCCUCAAAGUCCACCGGAAUUUCUCCUUAUUUUUUGGUAUAAAUAUAGUCAUAUGAUCGAGUCGACGUCGA